CGAGCAGUUAUUGUACUUGUAACUUUGACAUGUAAUCAUCUUUGAGAAUAUAGUUGUAUUGUUUGUAAAUGGUGGAGAGGUGAUUUAUUUGUUGUACGUAACCGGCCUGUGAUUUUAUUUGAGUGAUUGGUGAUACAGUAUGCACAGUACAUCAUGGUGCAAUGGACAUGACAUCCUUCCAUUACUGAUUGUCUUUGUAUUUUGAGAAGAGUAUAUUUUUAUUAGGUCUUUUACAUUAGCAAACACACAAUGGAGCAGAGAUUUGAGGAACACAAGGAGUGGGAAGGUGAACCAGAUGGAGAGGGUGAUAUUGGGGAAGAGAUGAUGGAGAACCCACAAGAGGUGUUGAAAGAAUGUCUCGAAAAAUUCAGAACUAAAGACUACAUAAUGGAACCAGGAAUAUUCACUCAGCUGAAAAGAUAUUUUCAGGCUGGUGGAAACCCAGAACAGGUCAUUGAGCUGCUUUCUAUCAAUUACAGUGCUGUGGCUCAGAUGGCAAAUCUUCUAGCUGAAUGGUUAAUUACUGCAGGACUAACAGUUACAGACGUUCAGGCAAUGGUAGAAAAUCAUGUAAAGGAUAUGAUACUGAAGACAUUUGAUCCAAAGAAGGCGGACACAAUAUUCACGGAAGAAGGUGAGACUCCUGCAUGGCUAACUGAAAUGAUAGACCACCCCACGUGGCGUUCUUUAAUAUACAGACUUGCAGAAGAAUAUCCAGAUUGCCUUAUGCUGAAUUUCACAAUAAAGCUUAUUUCAGAUGCAGGCUUCCAGGGUGAGAUAACAAGUAUAUCUACUGCUGCACAACAGAUUGAAGUUUUCUCUAGAGUUUUAAAAACUGCAAUCUCAGGAUUCCUACAAAAUAAUGAAGACUGGUCUGGCAGUGUUGAGGAAUGUGCUAAAAUGGUAUGUCAUGGUCAGCAUACAUAUGUGUACAGCCAGGUAUUACUUCAAGUCUUAUCUCAAGAACCAAAAGGUGGAUCAAACAUGAAGCGUCUUUCACAAGAAAUAGUAAGAUGUGCACAACAGAAUCACCAUGAUGUUACACCCAUCACUAUGGCUCUCAAUGGAGCAUCAGCGUAUCCACAAGCAUGCCAAGCCUUGACAUCUAUGCUGUCUCGUAACAGCCUGAAUCCAGCAGAUAUUACAGUUCUGUACAGAAAUUAUUCUGCAGUUGAUCCUCCUCCAAUAGAUCUCAUCAGGACACCACAGUUCCUUGAUCUCCUAGUAGAUUCUUUAUUCAAACCAGGAGUAAAGUUGAAUCCAGAACACAAGCCAAAAUAUAUAUACCUGCUGGCUUAUGCUGCAAGUGUAUGUGAAACAUCCACCAGGAAAGGUCAGGUUCGCAAGAAUAUUAAUAAAGAUGAAUUGAAGCCAACAAUUCAGGCAAUCGAAAAAGUCCAUGGUAUAUGCAACAUAAACAAAGGGUCGACUGAGCUCAUUGCUGAACUUUCUACACUGUAUCAGUGCAUUAGGUUUCCAGUUGUAUCUGUAGGUGUUGUGAGGUGGGUAGAAAGUACCGUUACAGAGUCGUCAUAUUUCAAGCUCUGUGUUGAACACACUCCCAUUCAUCUGGCACUGCUGGAUGAAGUUGUCACCUGCCACAUGCUUCUUCACCCAAUGGUUCUCUCACUCCUUGUGAGAUUGUUUGAAUCAAAGCAGGAUGAACUGGAAAUUCUAGUGCAGUUGGAAAUGAGGAAGAUGUUGCUCGAUCGUAUGGUGAAUCUGCUCAGUAGAGGCUGCGUUGUGCCUGUUGUCAAAUACAUCAAGCAGUGCUGGCAGAAGGGCGAUACUGACAUCUCGCUGAUACGGUACUUUGUUACAGAGGUUUUGGAAGCCAUAGCACCACCGUACACAGCAGAAUUUGUGCAACUCUUCUUGCCCAUGGUUGAGAAUGAAGAAAUUACUGGCUCUAUGAGGGGUGAUGGUGAAAAUGACCCAGUGUCAGAAUUCAUUGAUGUAUUCACUGGGAAAAGCUGCUCCAGGCAUAGAACUGACGAAGAUAACACAGCAUGCUGUGUAGAAGAUUUUUCUCGUCGGACGAGCCAUGUCUUCAAAGAAAAAAAUAAAGCCUAUUUUACAGUUCUACUGGCAUGCCUCCAUUUCUUAAGAAAUUUGGUUCUGAACUGUAAUAAUUUUCAUCCUCUCAGGUAUCACACAGCUCAGUUUCAGGCUGUUAAAAUAAUGAAUGAACUGUCUAGGCAGAAUGCAUAUACUAUUAUUAAGAUGGUACCUAAGAAACAAAACAUCCUUUCAGAUUUAAAAUUGUCAUCGUUUAACACACAUUUAUCAUUUUUGUUUGAGGCAGGGAUUUCUCAUCGCAUGUGUUUUUGUGAAAGUAUUGAAAGUGGAUUAAAUAGUGCUUGUAAGAGAAUUGUGUUGAGGAUAAAUGAGAGUACAAUGAAAUGUAACAAUCACAAAAGUGCUUCAAGCAGUGUCAUUAACUUUUUCCUCUCUGAUUACACUCUAGAACAACAACAUAAUUUUAAAAUUAUGGGAAUACUAAAAGAAAGGAUUACCACAGAACCAGGUGUUUCUGUUGUUGUUGAAGGAAAGUCUCCCAUCAAAGAACAUCCAUUCCAGAGGACACCAGUUCAGAAAUUCAAAAUUUUCUGUGGGCAAAAAAAGACACGGGAGAGCAAGUGGAUAAGAGAUGUAAGCUGUAGUGGCUCUCAUAAAAACAAAUUGGAUACAAUAUCUGGAAGAAGAAAAUUCGUUAAUGCAAUUAAUGACCCACAGAGUCACCUACAUAAAGUGAAACGAAAAAAUAAUACCAGAAGUUGGAAACACAAUAUUUUUAACAAAUUUGCCUUUGACUUAAAGUCACAGUCAAGCAGUCAAGCUGGAAAAUAUAUAAUAGGCAGUAUAAUAAGUGUAAUGAAUUGCAAGACAUUGUCUAGAGUCCCACCUUACUUUUUGACCCGAAACUUAAUGCUCAGAUCGAGACGAGUAAAACAAAAUUUUCAAGUUCCCCAAGAAGCAGCAGUGAGCUCCUCUAAAACAUCUGUUCCAUUGCAACACAGUGAUGCAUCUUCCACAAGUCUUCCAAACGAAUAUCCAUUGUUUGAUGAAAUUGAUGCAGUAGUGGCUACUGAAGUUGAGAAAGAUAACAUUAGAUAUGAGGAGAACAAAGAAGAAUCGAAGGAAGUCCCGGUCGUGAGUGAUGUAACUCAUCUCUUAGGAGAAGAUGUAAUGAUCAGCGGUUGUUCUGUCCAAAAAAGCACAGAUCUUUCCCAUUGUUCCACUGCAGCAAGGAUGGCUUAUCUUAGUCAUAUUACUGACACACUAGAAACUGCAGUUUCAUUUGAAGAGUUUAUGGAAAGCUACAAAGAAGAAGACAGUGCAAGCACAUCUAAUGCAGAGCAAGAUUAUAGCAGUCUAUUGGAUGAACCUCCUAGCAACUGUUUGCCACGUGAGUUAUUAGAUGAAUGGGAAAAUUUAAGCAUUUUCAGCUCUGAACAUCUGGAUGAUGGCUGUGUACUGGAUGACUUGUUAGAAAAAUGGAGUGAUCUACACAUAUCCAGUUCAGAAGAAUCAGGUUGUAGCUGCUACAAAACACAUCUGUUGGAUGAUUGGGAACAAAAACUUUGCCUUACUGAUAAAUCUUGAAAGGGCUAAGGAUUUUUCAUUCUUUCUAACUGUAAAGUGUACAAAUAUGUCUGUGAAAUGUUUUGAUCUCAACAAGUUCCGCAGAGACUUUUAGUGAGUUAAGUGUAAUUUUUAAAUAUAAAUAAGAUGAAAUUGUUUAUUAAUUUUUGAGAUGAAUAAGAAAUAAUUGUAUGUUUAUAUUUUUAUAGUAGCUAACUUUUAUCAGAUUCCUCCCUCCUCUAUGAUAUUUUCUUAGUUGCAUAGUAUUACUUUCAGUUUCUUAAUCUUUCAGUGAAAAAAAAUACAUGAUCUAGUAUUAGCUGACUGUAUGUAUCUGUCUAAGAACAGGUGCUAUCUUUGUGACACAUUUUUAAUUGAUAGAAAUGGUGUUACAUGAAGCUGCACAAUAUUGCAAUGCUGCUUAUGGUAUUUACGUACUGUAAACCGGGGUGACUUUGUGCCACUUUUUAAUGUUUUCUCCAAAAAACUUUUUUCUAGUUAAAUAUUAGUGAAAAACUGUGAAGCUGUAUAUAAGAUGAAUACAUGCCUCAUCCAAUAUAAGUAUUAUUUAUUUCCUGAAAUAAAAUUUUCUACCAUAAAUAAUGUCAUAAACUUGACACAAAGUCACCACAUGGGGGGAUUACUUUGUUUCACUGAUUUCUUCUUGGUAUUUUCAAUGCUAAACAGUGGGUGUCCUAAUGACACCAACCUUCAGUGUAUCUUUGUGACAAUGAAAGGUAAUAAGAUCCAAAAUAAUUAUAUUUUAUUACAUAAUUAACAUAUUGUAACAAUUUUUACUUUACAAAGUUACUGGUCCCAUACUUUUUUCAAUUCAGGGAUACAGAAGACUCCUCUUUUCGACUUUUUCUCUGGAGUCUUAAUUUUUUGAAGAAUAUUUGCAUAUGAAUGAAAAAUUUUAUCUCUCAUUUUGGCCUUUUCCAAAACAAACCACGUUUUUGAAAAACAUUCACACAAGUGGAGUCAGUUUCAGUUGUUGUAAUUUGCCCAGAAAACAGCUCUUCCUCAUAUUGCACAAUCACAUAGUCCCCUGUAAAGAGAGUUUUAGAAGAUGUUAAAGAUAGUGCAUGAUUACUAUAGGAUUCAUGCACAGAUGCAGACUCUGUUGUAAGUGUUGUUUCCGUUUCACUGUCUACGGACAUGUGACUACUGCUAUCCGGUACAUAAUGUUUUCUUCUUCACUGCUGUCACUUGAACAGUCUGCUUUUGAUGGUCUCUUCUUUUUAUUUUUACCCACAGAUUUGCUAGAUGUUGAAACCUCUGGUGUGGGUGACAAUGACUGCGUGUCACAACCUCCCUUAGCCUCAACCAAUUCUUCAUAUGAAAUACUUUUACCAGGGGGAACAUUGAGGCAUUUCUGCCUUUCUGUAGUUGGUGUUACUAUAUCACAUCUCGUGUUCUGCAAAUGUUUAUUAAAACUCUCUUAUACCAAGCUUCGAAUGUUACCAACCUCAAGGUUGGAAGGUAAAUGAGACGGCACAACAUUUCUGUCUAGUGGAAACAUACCAGCCUUCCUAAAACCAGUUUUUAAACUGUUGCAUCCAGACUCCUCAAUCUUUUGCAUUAGCUUCUUCAAAAGAGAAGGAAAGCUCUCGUUUGGUAUAGUACUGCAUCUGGAUCCUCUUGUUGUAUCUUUCCACUCAUCUAAAAUUUGUCUCCACUGACGUUUUACUGGUCUAAAGAAAGCAACAUCAAGAGGUUGAAGAAGGUGUGUGGAGUUGGGAAGCAGAGCAAUGAAAGCAGUGUUAUUCUCUCUGCACAACCUUAAGACCUCUGUGUUUAAAUGGGAGCUCAAGUUGUCACCAAUUACAAUUUUUUUAACAUCCUGCUUUUUUACAAUUGGCAGCAACAGGUGAGAAAACCAAUCUCAAAGCAUUCGUAAUCAAACCACCCAGAUUUUGUCCUGUAAUAUCUGGCAUGGGAAGGUCCAUUUUCUGUCCAGGUGCUCCAUAGCUUCUCUGACUUGUAAACUAUGUAUAGAAGUGCUAGUGUCCCUUCAGCAUUACGACACAUCAUUAGAGAUGUAAAUGCCUUUGAUGUGUUGCAAAUCCUUCCUGGAUAUUCUGCACCAUGUUUGGUAACAACUCUUUUGGUCCCUGGAUCAUCUACCAAGUUUGUUUCAUUGUAAUUCCAUACAUGUGAUGGAGGAAUGCCUUCUAGCUCCCUUGACAAGUGAUCAAAAUAUUCAUUGACUGUCACUUCAUCAACAUCUGCUCUAGCCCUAGUGAUGUUUUGGGCAAACCUGCUACUUAUUUUGUCAUUGUGGCUUGCCAGAAAAGACUUAGCCCAUUCUCUGCCUGGCAAGUUAUUUUGAAAAGAUAACACUCUGCGUCCCUCUCUGUCAAGAUAUGCUAUUACAGUAAACCGUAAAUCGAGCAAUGAAAGUGGGAAACCAUAAUCACACAUCCUCACAGCAUGUGAAGCAAACACAUCUUCCUCUUCUUUACUAAACACAGUUUGCCAACCAAUCUGUGCAUUAUGUUUCCCAUGUAACUUGUUCAUGGGGGUAUUUUUGUGAAUACCAUGUUUAUUUGCUGCUGUACGAACUGAAAUUUUCUUAUCACGAAUUUCUGUAAGCGCAUUCUCCAACAUAUCAUCAGUGUAGUUGGCAUAGGGACAGCAACCAGUAGCUUUUUUGUAUGUUCAUGGCAUUUUCUCCCACAGAAUCAUACACAGAAAAUCAGUCUUAUGAGUACCGGUGCAGUAUAUAAUAGAAAAAUCACCCAAAGCCUUUGUGGAAACAUGCCACAAAGUCACUCCCAAAAUAAAUCUCACUAAUGUGCAGAAACCAUCAGUGACAAAACUAUCAUGCUGUGGCAGCAGACUAAUGAAUAAUGUAGGAAAACAAUAUACUAACCACAGCAAGCUGAAAUUCUUCCUUCUGUAACAAAUUUUUCGACAAACACGCUCACACUGCUAAACACUCAAGACAGUUGAGACGAUCAGGUGGGAAUGUCAGAAGCAUGACAUAAAUGACAAACACACCAGCAGAUGGCAUCACUAUCCAGCUAUGUUCAGAGUACAUCAGCACUUCUGUUGGGAACACCCGGAACUGCCAGGACACAUUUGUUCGAAAGAAAGUGUGGGUGGAACAAAGUAACCUGCGCGGCACAAAGUCACCCCGGUUUACAGUACCAAAUACUCUGUCGAUAUCAUCCAACUUUGUAAUGUACAGAUACACAGAGGGAAGAUAUUUUUGCAAAAGGGAAGACAUUUUUGUAAAUGAAAAAAGUAGAAGUUUCCGAGAAGAUCAAGAUAAUUUCCCUAUAAGCUUUUUUUUUUUUUUUUCAGAAUUUAUCACUGAAUUUUCUGCUGUUGGCUAGUAGAG